ACAUGUUGUCACUAUCAAAGAGGAAGUGAAGGGUAGUCUGAGGGAAGACCACGCCUUCUUAGUAGGACUACUUAUAUCUAUAACAGAUCAAAAUAGAAAUAGUUGUACCUUUCCAUCACAGCAUGGAUCUGCUCCUCAUCUUUGGGAUUGCGCUUCUUCCUCAAGCCUACACUCUGAAAUGUUAUGAGUGUAUACUGGGAGCCUCAGGAUCCUGCACAGGCAAGGAAAAGGAAUGCCCAUCACAGGAUUAUCAGUGUGGUGCAAUGAAAGUCACUUCAUAUACAGGUGAAUCAAAACUAAGUGCUGACUCAAAAGGUUGUGCUUUGCCUAACGAGUGUGUUGAGGGCUCACUGAACUUUGGAGUUGCCAGAACGGUUUUUACCAGCAAGUGUUGCUCCUCAGACCUCUGUAACACUCAACCUGCCCCAGACCCCAGCAAAUCCAGUCCCAAUGGUAAAAAGUGCUUCACCUGUGAUGGACAAAAGUGCACUGCAACUCUAAACUGUGCGGGGAAUGAGGACAGCUGCAUCUCAGCAACAGUGUCUGUGGGAGGUGAAAAGACAACAGUGAAGGGCUGCGCUUCCAAGACAGUAUGUGCAAACAUACAAACUGCACAGAUGAUGGAAGCCAUUGGAGCAGAAAUGAGCUGCUGUCAGGGUGACUACUGCAACAGCGCCAACAGCACAAGUGCUGGUUUCUUCUCACCUUCGCAUUGGCCUCAUACUCCUCAAACCCCUUUCCUCAUCCUUUCAACCAACCCCAGCAAAUCCAGUCCCAAUGGUAAAAAGUGCUUCACCUGUGAUGGACAAAAGUGCACUGCAACUCUAAACUGUGCGGGGAAUGAGGACAGCUGCAUCACAGCAACAGUGUCUGUGGGAGGAGGAAAGAUGACCAUGAAGGGCUGCGCUUCCAAGAUGAUGUGUGCAAACACACAAACUGCACAAAUGAUGGAAGCCAUUGGAGCAGAAAUGAGCUGCUGUCAGGGUGACUACUGCAACAGCGCCAACAGCACAAGUGCUGGUUUCUUCUCACCUUCGCAUUGGCCUCAUACUCCUCAAACCCCUUUCCUCAUCCUUUCAACCAACCCCAGCAAAUCCAGUCCCAAUGGUAAAAAGUGCUUCACCUGUGAUGGACAAAAGUGCACUGCAACUCUAAACUGCGAGGGGAAUGAGGACUACUGCAUCUCAGCAACAGUGUCUGUGGGAGGAGGAAAGACAACAGUGAAGGGCUGCGCUUCCAAGACAGUAUGUGCAAACAUACAAACUGCACAGAUGAUGGGAAUCAUCGGAGCAGAAAUGAGCUGCUGUCAGGGUGACUACUGCAACAGCGCCAGCAGCACAAGUGCUGGUCUUCUGCUCCUGGUGGCACCACUGAUCUCUUUAGUUUUUUCUUAACUUUUGACCUCAUAUUGCUCACACCCCUUUCCUCAUCCUUUCAGCCAGUGUGAGACAGUAGAAAGUUUAACAAGCAAAGAAUGAAAAUAUCAUUUAGUAGAAUUUGAUUCUUAGUGUUGUUAUUACCCUGACACCAAUUCUAAUUAGAAAAUCAAAUAUUUUGAUGUUACUGAUGAAAAGCAAAAUGAAUAAAUUUGUUAGUGUAUUUGUGUGUUUCAGAUUUCUAAAUAUUUUCUCAGUCUUAUUUAAAAGUUUUAAGUGUAAAAUGUACUUCUGAUGUGUAUCAUAUAACCACUGAUAAAAUUUAGACCUAGUCACUGGUUCACAGUAAGUAAUGUAAAAAGGAUUAUGCACAAAGCUUUAUUUGCAUAAGAUUAAUGACUCUGUUAGUAUAAACGCUUACUCAAAUCAAGUUAAAGUUAAGUUAUGCACUUCAAACCACUGUCCCAAUACAUAUUAACUUCAAUUAAUUUCAGAGCUAAGAGCUUUGAUGCCACUAGUCAUUUAGUUAUUUCCUAUUUAGAUAUUUAGCCUUCAAAAUAGUAGUGCAAUGACUUGUCUGUAUUUAUUUAAACCAAGCAACAAUUUAAGGAAAAAAACAAUAACAACAACAAAAAACAAAACAAAACAACAAACUUCAAAUUUAGCUGAAAUGGCUUGAAUUGAUUUUGAUUUGUGUUGUGUUAAGAUGAUUAUGAUGAUGAUGAUGAUUAUGAUGAUGACCCAGAAGGCUGGAAUGAAGUGUAUAAAAUUAACAACAUAUGGGUCCCAGCUUUUUUUUUUUUUUUUUUUUUUUUUUUUUUUUAGCAUUAUGAGGGUUCAGUCUGAAAUCAAGGAUUUGAAUCCCUUAUACUGUAUACAGUGUCCAGUCCAGCAUGAAGUCUCUGGAUACUCCUACAUUCCUUUGAAAGGGGUUGGAUGGUGUCCAAAUUCAUGUGUUCUGUGUGCUAUAGUUCUUUGUCUGUGAUUUUCAUCUUUUCUCUUUGACGUCUUUCUGUGAAACUGCAUUGAUAUGACCUCCAUAUUGUAUAAAAUAUAUUCAUUAACAACAAAA